AUGUUAGGCAGCGUUCUCGCAGCUUGUGCGUUGGCAGCCUCCGCGCUCGCUGCAACUCCGGCAGAGUGGCAGCAAAGGUCGAUCUACCAGCUUGUAACGGACCGUUUUGCUACCUCUGAUGGCUCCUCGCCAACAUGCGACACCGAAGACCGCAUCUAUUGCGGCGGUUCAUGGCAGGGGGUCAUCAACCAGCUCGAUUACAUCCAAUACAUGGGUUUCGACGCCAUUUGGAUCUCACCCAUCGUUGCCAACCUCGAGGGCAGCACCGGUGAUGGCUACUCCUACCACGGGUAUUGGACUGUGGACCAGAACGCAUUAAAUGAGCACUUCGGCACCGCGUCCGAUUUGAAUAAUCUCGCCACAGCCCUGCACGACCGCGGGAUGUACCUGAUGGUCGACAUCGUCGUAAACCACAUGGCCGCGAACACGCUCCCGCCGGACUACUCCACCCUCACGCCCUUCAACGCGGAGUCGAGCUUCCACACCUUCUGCUGGGUCACGGACUACAACAACCAGACGAACGUCGAGCAGUGCUGGCUCGGCGACAGCAAUGUCCCGCUCGUGGACUGCAACACCGAGGACGAUGGCGUCAUCGACUUUUUCCACAACUGGGUCGGGGAGCUGCGGAGCAACUACAGCGUUGACGGCUUCAGGAUCGACACCUUGAAGCAUGUCAGGAAGGAUUUCUGGCCGGACUUCCAGACGGCUGCGGGUGUGUAUGCCGUCGGGGAAGUCUUUGAGGGCGAUGUGAAUUAUGUCGCGCCCUAUACCAAGGUUCUCGAUGGGGUGUUGGACUAUCCGACGUAUUACCAACUCACGUCCGCCUUCGAGUCGACGAGCGGCUCACUCCAGAACCUCGUCAAUGUUGUACAACAGGCACAGUCCGCAUACGAGAACCAACUCUUCACAGUCGGCACAUUCCUCGAGAACCAGGAUAACCCUCGUUUCCAGAGCAUAACCACAGACCAAGGAUUGGUGAAGAAUGCGAUGACAUGGCCGCUCAUCGCAGACGGUAUCCCCAUCCUGUACUACGGCCAGGAACAAGGCUAUACCGGUAGCAACGAUCCCUACAACCGCGAAGCCCUCUGGCUUUCAGGGUACGUAAUAGAGGACAAGCCCCUCGUGCACCACGUCCGCAUCCUCAACGCAGCGCGCAAAGCCGCCAUCGCCACCUCCAGCAGCUAUCUCUCCACCGCCGUCACCUUCCCGUCGGUAGGCGGCAACACCCUCGCAGUAUCCAAGUACCCCAUGCUCUCGCUCCUCACCAACGUCGGCGCGAGCGGCACGCCGGCAUGGGACGUCUCCUCGGGGACCGGCUACUCCUCGGGCACGGAACUCAUCGACGUCCUCACGUGCACGACGUACACCGCGGGCAGCGGUGGGAGCGUCAGUGUCACCGGGAGCGGAGGCAACCCUGUCAUUCUCCUCCCGACGGGUGCGUUCAACACUACGUACUGCAGUGCGCUCGCUGGAACGCACUCGACGAGCUCGCACACCGUCGCGGUGACAUUCGAGGUGGAGUAUGAUACCGUGUACGGCGGUCAGUGA